AUACCCACAUUAUUCCUUUCACUAACAACGUUGUUUUGGAUUUCACAAAGCAUUUCAACUUAUAGCUUUUAAUUUUCUAAAGCAUAGCAUAGCAUAGAUUAAUCAAUAUUAUAAUGUCGACUAUAGCACGCAGAGGAUUCCAUUAUAUGCAGAGACUAAAUUCUGCAAAUGUAUCAACUGCUUUGUUAGAGAAAGCUCAAAAUCAUGUCAUAGAUGCUGCACUUGCAUUUAUUCAUGAGAGAGCAAAAUAUAAGGGGGAACUUAUGCGUUCUUUGGGAGGUGUUGUGGCAACUUCAUCUCUUCUUGGUGUUCCAUUAGGUUAUCAAUCAUCGUUUCAUCAAGGGUCUGCAUUUGCGCCUCCUAGAAUUAGAGAAGCGAUUUGGUGUGAGAGCACAAAUUCAACAACGGAAGAGGGUAAGGACUUAAGGGACCCAAGAGUGAUAACAAAUGUUGGUGAUGUUCCUAUUGAAGAAAUUAGAGAUUGUGGGGUAGAUGAUGAAAGAUUGGCCAAUGUCAUUAGUCAAUCUGUCAAGUUAGUGAUGGAUGAGGAUCCAUUACGUCCCUUAGUUUUGGGUGGUGACCACUCAAUAUCAUUUCCAGUUGUUAGAGCUGUCUCUGAGAAGCUUGGAGGACAAGUUGACAUUCUCCAUUUUGAUGCACAUCCUGAUCUCUAUCAUUCCUUUGAAGGAAACCCUUAUUCACAUGCUUCUCCUUUCGCCCGAAUCAUGGAGGGUGGCUAUGCUCGACGACUCGUGCAGGUUGGUAUAAGAUCAAUAACAAAUGAUGUUCGCGAGCAAAUCAAAAAGUUUGGUGUCGAAACACAUGAAAUGAGAACAUUUUCAAAAGAUCGCGCCAUUUUAAAGAAUCUGAAACUCGGAGAAGGUGUUAAAGGAUUUUAUAUAUCAAUUGAUAUGGAUUCUCUUGACCCUUCUAUUGCACCAGGAGUGUCUCAUCAUGAACCAGGAGGCCUUUCAUUUAGAGAUAUUCUAAACAUUCUUCAAAAUCUACAAGGUGAUAUUGUUGGUGGAGAUGUGGUUGAAUAUAAUCCACAACGUGAUACUUAUGAUGGCAUGACUUCAUUGGUUGCUGCUAAGUUGGUUAGAGAAUUGGCUGCAAAGAUGUCUAAAUGAUCAUCAAUUUGUUGCUUAAUGUUAUUAAUUACUUGACCAAUAUUAUGAAUUAGUUAAAUAGUUUUACAUGGUUUAGUUGCCUCAUGAUUGUUGGGCAGCCAAUGCAUAUGUAAGAUGUAUGUGUGUCUUGAUUUUUAGCUUAUUUUGAAUAAAUUUGAUAUCUAAAUAAAUGUGACAAAUUUACAUAUA